AUGUCCAACAAAUAUGCAGUGAAUGUUGAGUGUUAUGGUACUCUGCGGAGAAUUCCCCUUCCAAACCAAUUUAUAACAAUAGAUAAACUCAAGGGAAUUGUAUGUGACAGACUUAAUAUCGAUUAUCCAUUCAAUUUAAUUUACGAAGGUGCUGAACUAUGUAAAGAAGAUACUCUGCACGACUUGGACAUUAACCCGAAUUUCCCACUACGUGUUCGACGAUGUUCAAUUGAUUCAUAUACAACAGAUUUGAUGACCGAUAUAUUUCUGAGUUAUGAACGAACUCAUCGAAAUACCGUUAUACAAUUGAAACAAGAACUUGAAGAGAAAAAUUAUUUUUGUUGGUUAGAUGUAGAAGAGAUACCGAGUAAUAAUGAUCACUUUUGUCCAGAGAUCGAAGCAGGUAUACAAAAAUCGACGGUUUUCGUUUGCUGUAUCACUAGUAGAUAUGUACAAUCGAAUAAAUGUCGACAAGAACUCAGUUUUGCUAAACAACAUAAUAAACCAAUUAUACUUCUAUUGAUUGAAGAAUUGAACUGGCCACCUGCACAAAUUAGAACUUUAGUUUCAGGUCUUUCUUAUAUUAGAUUUUAUAAUACGGCAUCAUUGGCUAGUUCAACCUCAUGGUCUUCUGAAAUGUUUGACGGACUUCUAAAUAAAUUAGGUGAAUUGACUCCACAUAUUUGA